CUCACCAAGGGCCGCGGCCGCUGGUUCUCCAGGCUCCUCCCCGCCUCCUGCCCGCGUUGUGCUGCCGUAGCCGCCGUUCCGGAUCCACCGUGAAACCCACGUAGCUCCUCCCGCCGAACCGGGGGUGAGCCGAGCGCAGCAGCCGGAAGUGACGUUGCCGGAAGCGGAAGCAUGGCGGAGCUGAGCGCGGCGGCGCUGAGGGAGAAGCUGGAGCAGCGGCUGGGGGCGGAGCACGUGGAAGUGGAGGACACGACGUCAUCGCGCUGCUCCACCAGUUUCCGCCUCCUGGUCGUUUCCGGCGCCUUCCGGGGGAAGGGGCUGCUGCAGCGGCACCGGCUGGUGAACGAGGCGCUGGGGGAGGAGCUGGGGCGGAUCCACGCGCUGGAGCAGCGGACGCUGACGCCCGAGCAGUGGGCGGAGGAGAGGCAGCGAUUUGCAUAAAAAUCUGCAUAAAUCUGCAUAUGAAUUUGCAUAACUCUGCGCAAAUCUGCAUAAAU